AUGUCACCAUCGCGGCUCAAGACGUCAGCCUUUGGGUUGGCCUCGAGAAUCGCAUCUCGUGUGCUGGCAAGGGACUUUUUAUUGAGGUCGGUAAUGGCUAUCCUUGAGCACCCAGACCGCGCAAAUCCCUUGGCCACGGCUGCUCCGAUACCUGACAAUAACACCAAGGAGAAGCCAUUCAUCUGCCGUUGUGGAGCGGCGUUUGCUCGACGUGACCUGCUGACCCGCCAUCAGCGGAUCGCCUUUCAUGAAGACGGGUCCGAGUCUCCGGUAGGUGCGUCGGAGCCGGACUCCGGGGAACUCACCAAUGGACCGGUCGAGGCUGACCUAGCCGCUGCUGCGUCUCUUUCUGGAAUGAGCGUAGAUCAAUGGUCACAAGCUCCGCCAGCAGAACCAGUAGACAUAUACCCCAUGGCCGUUCCUCGCAACGGUGGUCUCAUUGAUGCAUCAUAUCAGCAGAGCCUGAUAACGGACCAAUUUUACGAAAGCAGCGGCCAUGAAGCUGUAGGGUUUGACGCUCAUUUCAGAGAAUUUGCGAACUUUCUCGACGGUGUCGGUCUGCCUGCGGAAUGGAGUCCUUACUUCCAUGGCCCAGACCGAGACAAUGAGAUUGACUCUGGAAUCAGAGAUUCAAGGGAAGGGACUGCUACUCCCGGUCCCCGGCAUAGUAGGACCCGGCCCGGGACUCCUUUCAUACCCCGCUCCGCCGACACAGAAUCUCAACCGUACCGUAUCACGGAUGAGCAGCGUUCUCGUCUCACUGCGUCUAUAGAGACCUUUCGUGAUAUCCUGGAUCCCGACUUCAAGUUCCCCUCUCGUCAUGCACUCAGUCGCUACCUGACGUCCUACUUUGAAGGGUUUCAUUCACAUAUGCCCUUCAUCCAUACUCCGACAUGGAGGAUAUUCGAGCACUCACUCGAACUCAUUUUGGGCCUCGCUGCGGUAGGGGCGCAGUACUGUUUUGAGCACCGCAUGUCAGAGAGGCUAUUCCAUGCUGGCAAGGCUAUCCUUCUGGAGAGACUCGGGCGUGAGUCUGACAAGUUUGGUCCCAAGACCGGCUCGUUCCUCAACCUGAAUAAUCUCUCUCCGCAACGACGCGAGUCGAGAGCCAUCCAAGCACGGGACUGGGGACCGUGGGAGCCUAUAGAGACAGUUCGUGCGUUGAUCGCUCUCAUGGGUUACGCCACGUGGGAACCUAAAGCUCGUCUCGUGCAGGAGGCUUUCGGCCUACAGGCACUUCUAGCUCAGGUCCUGCGUGAGGUCGGCCUCUACGAAGAAGACGAGCCAGAGAUGCCUGCGGAGCAAAGCACACCACAAGCUGCGUGGCAUACGUGGGUUCAACAGGAAUCUGCCCGACGGGCCAAACUCAUUGCUUUCUCCUUCAUGCACACGCACAGCAUAGCUUACAAUGUGUAUCCGGUUCUGCGUACUAAUGAGGUCGGCCUCCGGCUCCCCUGCUCCACCAGGGAAUGGAAGGCAACAAAUGCGUUGCAGUGGCAGGUCGCUCGAAGGGAAACCGAGAAACAGCAACUCUUCUUUCAAGAUGCCUUGUCCCUACUUCUUAGAAACACCGAUGGUACCGCGCCUCUGGAUCCCAUCCCCACGCCACUGGGUAACUACAUGCUCCUGCACGGCCUGUUGCAAAGGAUAUAUAUCGUUCGGGAUCUCUCACUUCCGGUAAUGGACCACUCGGCAUCGUUACCCUGCGAGGAGGUUGAAAAGCUCGAACGUGGCCUGCGAUCGUGGACUGCGGGGUGGCAGCAGGCCCCCGAAUCGAGUCUCGAUCCCAAUAAUGAGAACGGGCCGAUUCCCUUUACAUCCAGUUCCUUGCUUGGGCUUGCCUAUGUCCGCAUCUAUCUUCAUCUGGGCCCUUACCGCCUAUUAGAGACCCGUGACCCUGUUCGCAUAGCCAAGGCCAUCAGCAUGUCGCCGGCGGUCGAGAGAAGUGGCGGUGUCAUCACUGCGCUUCUGUACACGGCUCACAUGCUCAGCAUACCUGUAAGGCUUGGCGUCGACCGCGUCGCCCGCAGCCAGGCCUUCUUCUGGAGCGUGAGGCAUUCGCUUUCCGGCCUCGAAUGUGCUGUUUUGCUGAGCAAGUGGCUCUUUUCUCUCACUGAAACCUCGGCCACCAUGCCACUCAGUGAUAGCGAGGAUAGGAUACUGCAUUGGGUGCGGUGCAUUGUCGAAGAGGCAUACGACGUUGUCGACUUUGACGAUGACGAGCCCGAGGUGAUUGUGGAUCGAGAUCCCGCCUCGCUCAGUCUCGCGCGAAAGCCCUUUUCCCGGGAAGAUUGGGACGAGUAUUUUGGGAAAUACGAUGCGUUGACAGAUUUGGCGUGUUACUUUGCGGUGGAGUUGGCCGACGCGUACCCGGAGGCCAAAAUCAUUCUCACAGAACGUGACGUGGACAAGUGGUUUGACAGCUACGACAGCCAGGCAAUGGAAAAGAUCUUCCGCGGUUCUUACGGCGGGGCAGACACGCUCGAGGACUUGCGCCGCUUGUCCCCCGAGAUCUAUCGACGGCAUUCCGAGCGCAUCAAGGCGCACAUCGCGCCGGAACGACUGCUGGUGUACCGAGUAGGCAAAGAUGGAUGGAAGCCGCUUUGCGAUUUUCUUGGCAAGGAAGUGCCUGAGGGGAAGGAAUUCCCAUUUGCAAAUGAUAGGGCUGCGCAUAGCGAGUCAAGCAGGGUCUUCCGCAAUCAAGCCGUUAUAAAUGGGAAGCUGCUGCUUCCCCUCCACCGUCCCCAUCCUGGAAUCCACCCAACAGCUGACGUAGCGGCCGCCAUCUUCAGCUUCACACAGCACCGACCGCCGCCAUCCCACCUCGAUCUCGUGGGAGAGCCUAUGCAGUCUGGCAUCUCUGCCUCGCAGGAGCUUGUCUCCCAGUUCAACAAACUCCUUUCCGACGACGACAAGUUCGGUCUCGUCAUCACAAUCGAGUCUGAAACCCUUACACCUGUCACGUUCCUCCCCAAGACCUCCUCUUCAUUCGAGGACAACCUCUCCUCCCUCCAGCCUCACCUCAAGCCUAAUGAAGCCAUCUACGCCCUUCUCCGCCGUUACGAUUCCGCUCCACACCUUGCUGCCGUGACCUAUGUUCCCGACUCGGCAAAGGUCCGCCAGAAGAUGCUUUUCGCCUCGACCCGCCUAACCCUCGUCCGCAAGCUGGGUUCCGAACACUUCCGCGAAUCCAUAUUCGCAACCACCCCGGAGGAGCUUUCUGCCCAGGGCUUCAUCAAGCAUGAUGCACACACCGAGCUCGAGGCGCCCCUGACCGAGGAGGAGCGCAGCCUCGGUGCCGUCAAGCAGGCCGAGGCCGAGGCGAGCACCGGCACGGGAACACGGGAGAUCCACCUUAGCAAGACCCUCGCCAUGCCCAUUGCCGAGGACGCCCUUGCGGCUCUGAAGGAGCUGAACGAAGGCCGUCCGCUGGUUAUGCUGAAAAUCAACCCCGAGAAGGAGUCUGUCGAGCUCGUUCCCUCCGACGAGAAGCCCUCUUCCAUCUCUGAGCUCACGCAAACCAUCUCCUCCACCGAGCCGCGCUUCACCUUCUACCGCUUCACCCACACCCACAACGGCACCGAGUCGAGCCCCCUGCUCUUCAUCUACACCUGCCCCGUCACCCCCGGCAACAAGUCCAUCAAGAACCGCAUGCUGUACCCGCUUAUGAAGCGUGCCGUCCUCGAGGUCGCGUCCAGCGAGGCCGGCCUCACGCUGGACAAGAAGCUCGAGGUGGAAGAGCCGAGCGAGGUCACUGAGGAGACGGUCCUGGCCGAGCUGCACCCCAAGGUGACGACCAGACAAGGGUUCAGCAGACCCAAGCGUCCCGGCAGGUGA